GAGCUGUCUAUUCAGCGCUGGUUCUGAAAUCCCAACAAAGAUGGCUGAGAGGGAAACCAGAAGACCAUUUUAACACGCGGACACCUCUUCUUUAUCUUUUAAACAUCGACGGGAGGACCGUCAAGCAAAGUGCGAAGAAAUUCCCACUCAUGUGUUGCGUCGCGACGCACGUCGGGCCGCGGUGGUGGUGGCGGUGGUGCUGCUGCUGUUAAGCGGACGUGUCACAUCUUCCUCGCCGCUUCGAGAGCGGCGUUUGACGGUCACUGGGAAAGUAGCAAAGACGCCGGGAGUUGACGCAAUAAAAGCCCUCUCGAGAGAUGUCCUUGCUGUGUGUUGGAGUGAAAAAAGCCAAGCUCGAUGGACCCCAAGAAAAAUUCAACACUUACGUGACCCUGAAGGUGCAGAAUGUCAAGAGCACCACCAUCGCCGUGCGCGGCAGUCAGCCGUGCUGGGAGCAGGACUUUAUGUUUGAGAUAAACCGGCUGGACCUGGGCCUGGCAGUAGAGGUGUGGAAUAAAGGCUUAAUCUGGGACACCAUGGUGGGCACUUUAUGGAUUCCACUGAGUAGCAUCCGGCAAUCCAAUGAGGAUGGUCCGGGUCAAUGGCUCACGUUGGAUUCCAACGUGAUCAUGUCUGAAAAUGAAAUCUGCGGCACCAAAGAUCCGACCUUUCACAGGUUGCUGCUGGACACACGAUUCGAACUGCCACUAGACAUUCCAGAAGAAGAAGCACAAUACUGGGCCAAGAAGCUCGAGCAACUCAAUGCCAUGAGAGACCGAGAUUAUGCCAACCAAGAGGAGCAAGAGAGGCCUCUCCAAGCACCGUCCACGCAGUGCUGUAAUUGGAGUCUGUGGGGAGAUCAGCAAAAUGACGACCCGGAUAGCGCCGUGGACGACAGGGACAGCGACUACCGCAGCGAGACCAGUAACAGCAUCCCGCCUCCCUUUUACACCACCUCUCAACCCAACGCCUCCAUGCAUCAGUAUCCCAUCAGGCAGCAGCACUACAGACAGUAUGAUGACAACAUCCAUGACAUGGACUAUGACCACGGGGACAUGAGACCCUAUGAUAGUUUAGACUUGGCCACCAACGGGUGCAGCGAUAUCGACUCAGGCUCAGGGUCGAGCCGGCGUACCAGUCGUCAGUAUUCUCUAGACAGUAGGCUGUCCGAUAGUCCAACAGACAGCCGCUAUGCCUCAUCGGGCGAACUGAGCCGAGGCAGUUCCCAACUCAGCGAGGAGUUCAUUCCCGAGGACGGCGAGAGCUUACGAGGCUCCGAGUUCUACGACGAAAACGACUCGUACCAUUCCUGCCACUCGUCUAUCAGUUACGGCAAGGAGGACUUCCCGGGAUGGGACGGGGAUGACCAGCAGGGCGUCUACAGCGACGAGGGGAGCUACGUUAAAGACGGCGGUGAAGACGGACCGCUCUAUGGCGACGAGGAGGGCGAGAUGUACGAGGAGCGAGAGGGGUACAACUAUGAAGAUGAGGAGGAGAUGCCGUACGAGGAAGAUAUAUACCCCAUGGACGGGGUUGUCACUGAGGAGCAGGAGCCGUCCUACACACCCACGAGCACCGCUGCCAGUCUCGCUCCUCCAUCUGACGCCGUGUCCUCCAGCAGGCCUCCACUAGAAAAGCAAACAUCUUUACAUCAGCAGCAACCUCCUGAACAACUGCAACCUUCAAGCACCGCCCCGGUCCUGCCUCCUCUCAAACCAGAUGACACUUCAGCCCCUUUCACGUCCGACUUCACCGACGUUCCCUUUGAACCUGGCCAGCAAGACUUCUUCACCACCACCACCACUACCAUCAAUAGCACCACCACCACCACCACCACUAUAUCACAUCUUCCAGAAUCAGAUACCAAGUUCCAGGAACCUGAGCCAACACCCGAGGUGCCUCUUGAGGAGCUGCCGUCACCACCGGAACAACUUCCAGAUGAGGAGACCAUCCCCCCGCCCCCUGAGGAGAAAACAGAGGAGCCUCCUGUCCCCAGCUUCCCAAAAAGGGAACUCAUGGAACCGGGUCCUGCCAGAGCCAAAGCCAACUGGCUCCGAUUGUUCAGUAGAGUCCGACUGCAGUUACAAGAGGCCCGAGGCGAGAGCGUCGGCAUCGCCUCUCUGCUGUUAUCAGCGGGGAUGGGCGGUGCUCUUUAUAGUAUCGACAGCAUGCCAGACCUCAGGAAGAGGAAAGCGAUGCCUCUGGUCAGAGAUCUGGCUAUGUCAUUGGUCCAGAACUCCAGGAAGGCCGGUAUCACCUCAGCCUUGACAUCCAGCACCUUACAUAAUGAAGAGCUGAAGAGUCACGUCUACAAGAAGACCCUGCAAGCUCUCAUCUAUCCCAUCUCCUGUACCACCCCACACAAUUUCGAGGUGUGGACCGCCACCACGCCCACUUACUGCUACGAGUGUGAGGGUCUGCUUUGGGGUAUAGCUCGCCAGGGCAUGCGCUGCACUGAGUGCGGCGUCAAAUGUCACGAGAAGUGCCAAGAUCUGCUCAACGCCGACUGUCUGCAAAGAGCGGCCGAGAAGAGCUCAAAACACGGCGCAGAGGACCGCACUCAAAACAUUAUCAUGGUCCUCAAAGACCGCAUGAAAAUCCGCGAGAGGAACAAACCAGAGAUUUUCGAACUCAUCCAAGAGGUCUUCACCGUCCCCAAGGCCACGCACGGUACCCAGAUGAAGCAGAUCAAACAAAGCGUGCUUGACGGUACAUCCAAAUGGUCGGCCAAGAUCUGCAUCACGGUCUUAUGUGCGCAAGGUUUACAAGCAAAGGAUAAAACCGGCUCCAGCGAUCCCUAUGUCACAGUCCAGGUAGGAAAAACCAAAAAGAGGACCAAAACCAUCUACGGCAACCUCAAUCCUGUCUGGGAGGAGACCUUCAAUUUUGAAUGCCACAACUCCUCCGACCGCAUCAAGGUGCGAGUUUGGGACGAGGACGACGACAUCAAAUCCCGCGUGAAGCAGAAGUUCAAACGAGAGUCGGACGACUUCCUCGGGCAAACCAUCAUCGAGGUCCGCACUCUGAGCGGAGAGAUGGACGUGUGGUACAACCUGGACAAGCGCACGGACAAAUCGGCCGUGUCCGGGGCGAUCCGCAUGCACAUCAAUGUGGAGAUUAAGGGCGAGGAGACGGUCGCUCCUUAUCACGUUCAGUACACCUGUUUGCAUGAAAACCUUUUCCACUUCGUGACAGACAUCCAAAACACGGGUGUGGUGAAGAUCCCCGACGCCAAAGGAGAUGACGCGUGGAAAGUUUACUUUGAGGAGACGCCUCAGGAGAUAGUGGAUGAGUUUGCCAUGCGUUACGGAGUGGAGUCCAUCUACCAAGCCAUGACUCACUUUGCCUGCUUAUCAUCAAAGUACAUGUGCCCGGGCGUGCCUGCGGUGAUGAGCACCCUGCUGGCCAACAUCAAUGCCUACUACGCUCACACCACCCAGGCUGCUAACAACGUCUCUGCCUCAGACCGCUUUGCCGCGUCCAACUUUGGGAAAGAACGAUUCGUCAAACUUCUGGAUCAGCUUCACAAUUCCUUGAGGAUCGACCUGUCCAUGUACCGAAACAACUUCCCAGCGAGCAGUCCCGAGAGGCUGCAGGAUCUCAAGUCCACGGUGGACCUCCUCACCAGUAUCACCUUCUUCAGGAUGAAGGUCCAAGAGCUUCAGUCUCCACCCAGAGCGAGCCAGGUGGUAAAAGACUGCGUCAAAGCCUGUCUCAACUCCACUUACGAAUACAUCUUCAACAACUGCCAUGAGCUCUACAGCCGCGAGUACCAGACAGACCCGGCUAAGCAGGGUGCAGUACCUCCAGAGGAACAAGGACCUAGCAUCAAGAACCUCGACUUCUGGUCCAAACUCAUCACCCUCAUUGUCUCCAUCAUCGAGGAAGACAAGAAUUCCUACACACCCUGCCUCAACCAAUUCCCUCAGGAGCUCAAUGUGGGUAAAAUCAGCGCUGAAGUGAUGUGGAACCUGUUUGCUCAGGACAUGAAAUAUGCAAUGGAGGAACACGAGAAAAACCGCUUGUGCAAGAGUGCCGAUUACAUGAACCUGCACUUCAAGGUCAAGUGGCUUUACAACGAAUAUUGCAAAGACUUGCCUUUCUUCAAGAGCAGAGUUCCUGAGUAUCCUGCGUGGUUUGAGCCUUUUGUGAUCCAGUGGCUGGAUGAAAACGAGGAAGUUUCUCGCGACUUCCAACACGGCGCUUUGGAGAGAGACAAGAAAGAUGGGUUCCAGGUCACAUCAGAGCAUGCGUUGUUCUCCUGUUCUGUCGUGGACGUAUUUUCCCAGCUCAACCAGAGUUUUGAGAUCAUCAGGAAAUUAGAGUGUCCGGAUCCGCAAAUCGUUGGACAUUACAUGAAACGAUUUGCGAAGACGAUCAGCAAUGUACUUUUGUCAUACGCUGAAGUCAUCUCGAAAUUGUUUGCCAACUACGUCACUAUGGAGAAAGUGCCCUGCAUCCUUAUCAACAACAUCCAACAGUUGAGAGUGCAACUGGAGAAGAUGUUUGAGGCCAUGGGUGGAAAAGAUCUUUGUAUCGAGGCCAGCGACAUCCUGAAGGACUUGCAAGUUAAACUCAACAAUGUCAUGGAUGACCUCAGUCGAGUCUUCUCCGUCAGUUUCCAGCCUCACAUUGAGGAGAACGUGAAGCAGAUGGGCGACAUCUUGGCGCAGGUAAAAGGAACGUCAAAUGUCGGCAAUGCCAGCAGCGUGGCCCAAGAUGCCGACAACGUCCUGCAACCCAUCAUGGAGUUCCUGGACAGCAACCUGACUCUGUUUGCCAAAAUCUGCGAGAAGACGGUGUUGAAGCGCGUGCUGAAGGAACUGUGGAAGCUGGUGAUGAACACCAUGGAGAAGACGAUUGUUCUGCCGCCGCUCACCGAUCAAACGGGGAGGCUGAAGAACGCUUCUCACAGCGACGGUACUCAGCUCAUCUUUAACGCUGCCAAGGAGCUGGGUCAACUGUCCAAGCUGAAGGAACACAUGGUUCGCGAAGAAGCCAAAGCUCUCACGCCCAAGCAGUGUGCAGUCAUAGAACUGGCCCUGGACACCAUCAAGCAAUAUUUCCACGCCGGCGGCGUCGGUCUAAAGAAGACGUUCCUGGAGAAGAGCCCUGACCUUCUGUCGCUUCACUACGCCCUGUCCCUCUACACGCAGGCCACAGACAAACUCAUUAAGACCUUUGUCCAGUCACAGAACGCACAAGGCUCCGGUGUGGACGACGCCGUGGGGGAAGUGUCCAUCCACGUGGAGAUUUUCACUCAUCCCAACACUGGCGAGCACAAAGUCACUGUGAAAGUGGUGGCCGCUAACGACUUGAGGUGGCAGACGCAGGGAAUAUUCCGUCCGUUUGUGGAGGUGUUCAUCAUCGGCCCGCACCUCAGCGACAAGAAGCGCAAGUACGCCACCAAGUCCAAGAACAACAGCUGGGCGCCCAAAUACAACGAGACUUUCACUUUCACUCUGAGCAGCGAGGUGGGCCCCGAGUGCUACGAGCUGCAAGUGUGCGUCAAGGACUACUGCUUUGCCCGCGAGGACCGCACGGUGGGCAUGGCCGUGCUGCAGCUGAAGGACAUGGCCUCCAAGGGGAGCGUGGCCUGCUGGCUGCCCCUGGGCAAGCGCAUCCACAUGGACGAGACGGGCCUGACCGUGCUGCGCAUCCUGUCGCAGCGCAACAACGACGACGUGGCCAAGGAGUUCGUCAAGCUCAAGUCGGAUCAGCGCUCGGCCGAGGAAGGCCGCGGCUAACCGCCCCCCAACCCGGAUCGUGUUUGGUGAUGUAUAUACGUUCAUUCCGAUGGGGGCGUGUUUAUCAUUAUGGAUCACAUCAGCCAUCUUUGUGGUCAAAUUAAAUCGCAAAGUUUGCGUGUCAAAAAAGUUCCAGGACUAGUGUCGAAAAGUAGAUACGGAGGUACAAUUUGAAAUCAAAUGGGGGAGUAAAUCAAAGGCAUAUAUUCUUUAUCCCCUGUGAGAAUAGACAUUGAACUAAGUCAAACCUUAUGUCAAGACACCUAGUCACGGCCAUUUUGAUGUUGUCCACGUCUUCAAAAUGGGUUCCCUCGAUGACCCAGUUGAGCAUGGCCAGGAGAGGGAAAAAAAAAAAAGCACACGGGAG